GAUGGAGAAGGACAAUCCCUAGAUACAACAAAACUGAAGGAAUUUAAAGAAUCUCCCGUGUUAGUGGAAGAAUUUAAAGUUGGCAUCUCAAUCUAAAGCCAGACAAGUACUCAAAAAUUGAUAUGUGAAAAAUCUGAAUUCCAUCCAUCAAUACGAAUCUACUGUUCCGUCCAGCUUUAAGAGAUCAGCCAUUAACUUACUUUCCCUAAAGCCAUUCAACUACUCAGCAUUGGUACCUCAAUACCUACUCAAAAUUGAAAUCAGCUGCAGCUGCAUCAGAUAUGAAGCCGAAACCACGCUCUACAUUUGUCAAUCGCCAAAGAGCAAAAGAAAUUUCAGCUGAUGCUGUGAAUGAAAGACUCAACGCUGUUGCUCCCAAGAAAAAUAGGUCGUCAACAAUUAAACCAAGCCCUGCAUUCAUCAAUGGCGCAAUGGGAAAAGAAAUUAUGACUGAUGCAGAAGAUGAUAGACUAGACGCUGUAACUCGUAAGAGGCAGAGGACGUCAACAACAGUACCAUGCUAUGCAUCGUUCAUCAGUACUGACGCAGUUGAUGAAAGACUCGAACCUGUUACUCUCAAGAGGCAUAGGUCAAAAACAGCACCAUGCUCAUUAGUGAGUGGCCAAAGGGGAAAAGAAAUUGUGACUGAUGCAAUGGAUGAAAGAAUCAGCGCAGUUGCACUCGAGAAACAGAGGUCAUCAACAACAAAUCAAGACUCUGCAUUUGUCAAUGGAAGAAGGGAAAAUGAAAUUGUGACUGAUGUGGAGGAUGAAGGAAUCAAUGCUGCGGAUGAAAGUGGUGACAUGCAACUGGAGGAUGACCAUGCAACUGACACUCAUAACGAGUCUAACAGCGAAGACUACACCGGUACUAACCCAGGAAUUAUUUGUAGACCACUAGGUGAUAUGCAAGAUGCGGAUGAAAAUGGUGAAAUGCAACUGGAGGAUGACCACGCAACUGACACUCAUAACGAGUUUUACAGCAAAGACUACACUGGUAUUAACCCAGGAGUUACUUAUAGACUACUAGGUAGACUACUAGGUAGCCGCCACCAGAUUAUAUUCGACAAAUAUGGGCGUUAUUGUGAUGUCGGGUCAGAACAAUUUGCAAAUGCUAUCGGGAAGAUAGUACGAGCACGAUGUCCUCCUGCAAUUGAUGAUUGGAGAAUGGUUCCAGAGAUAAUGAAAGAUGAUAUAUGGAAAAAUCUUGUUGCUGAUUAUGUCAUACCUCAAGUUUCUAAACCUAAUAUUUUAUCAAGGGCUAGAAUUUCUUGGAAAAAUUGGAAGAGUCAACUUCGGGUAGAGAUGGAUAAACAUGAAACUGUUGCUGAGAAGAAAAGAAAUAUGCCAGAACGUUUAAUUACAAAUAGAGAGGAUUGGGAACAUUUUGUUGAUUUCUGCAACACUGAAGAGGAUAGGAAACGUCGCACAAUUGGUAAAAAAUCGAGAGAAGCUCUUCAAUUCCUUCAUUCCACUGGGAGGACAGGACUUUUUCGGAAAAAAUACGACAUGGAAAAAGAGAGUCCAACUGGUGAAGUUAACAGAGCUGUGCUGUUUGUUGAAACUCAUGUAACCAAGACUUUAAAUAAUCCCGAAUCCUCCUCCAUCUCAGAUGUUAAACUUAGAAAAAUGAAAGAGCUUGUAGAUGCUGAUCCAAAUGGUCAAAAAGAUAUCGACAACGAUGCUGUCACAUUGAUAUGUGGACGUGAUAGACAUGGUCAUGUAAGAGGCAUGGGAGGAGGUCUAUCGAGGACUACGAUGCGUGCUUCAGCGCCAAUUAUAGAGACUCUUCGUAAAGUACGGCAAGAAAACAAGAGUAUGCAGUCUGAAAUCCAUUUAUUCAAAACACAGCAUGGGACACGCAUGCAAGAUGGUAUAUCUACAUCAUCAAAUCAAUCUGCACCUCAGGUACCUGAUGAGUUCAACGUGCCUGCUAUUUCGUCCAACGUGCCUGCUAGUUUGUGUUUCAUGAAGAACUUCAAAGGAAGAACCAUUGCUUUAGGUCGUUUGAACACUGCUGAUCCAGCGAUGGAACAUGUCUAUAGUAUAAUUGUCGAAGAAAUAUUUGAUAGAGAUGCUGAAUUAUUUGACGAAGAUGGGAAGCUUGGAGAUAUUGUGAUUGGUGGGGUAAUUAAUUGGCCAAAAGCAUGUAUUAAGCCUGCUAGUUUAUGUUUCCUUAAAAAUUUCAAAGGAAGAACCAUUGCUCUAGGUAGUUACAACUCUGUUGAUCCACCAAUGGAACAUGUCUACAGUGUGAAGGUCGAAGAGAUAUUUGACGAAGAAUCAGAAUUAUUUGACGAAGAUGGGAAGCUUGGAGAUAUUAUGAUUGGUGAUGUGAUUAAUUGGCCAAAAGCAUGUGUUCAGUCAUAUUGACAAUAAACCAUGCUACCGAGCAAAGGAAAAUAGAUCCAGAACUUAAAAAAAAAAAAGGAUCUGUAAUGUAUUGUUAUAUAAAUGCGGUUGUGCACGAGUCAGUGCAGCGAGUGCACAAACUUUACUUAACAUAAACAAGUAAAGAAGACACUUUUUUGUUGUAGAUUAAUGGAGCACCUCUAACUGCUUGUAUUGCUGCAAGACCAAUAGGAAGGUGGAUGUGCUUAUUGAUGAUGUGAAAAAAUCUUGCUGUAUACUGGUCUUUUAAGCUAUAAGCUUUUUGAUGGUAUCUCCUUGAACCAACUUCUGUAUAACUGGGAAGGUGCAACCAA